UCCGGCUGAUGAGAGUUCGUUGCGUGCCGCGCGCGGGUGGAACUCAGCACACGCGCGCACGCAACGCCGCUGUUUUGUGGCUUAAAAGCCGGCAGCGCGCGCACACACUCACACACACACACGUGCGCCUGUGUGUGUACUUUCUCCAGUCUAUAGACACACACUCAACCGUGCCGCGUGCACACAGAGACGCACGCGCGCACACGCGGAGCGCCCUCUUGCUGUGCUCGCAGGGCGCGUGUGCGUCGUGUGUGUGUGUGUGUGGGGGGGUGGUGGUUGAGUUAGGGGGGGUGGGCGGUUUAUUGUUGCUAUUGCGGUUGGGUACCGAGGCUGCUGUUACCUUGCCCGAUCAUCUCAUCACCUUGCCUGGAGGCUGGAUGCAGUUUGUACCGCCGCACCGAAGAGGUCUCCUCUUUUCCAGCGCUUGAGUGACAGUUUGAUUACUGCCUGCGCUGUCUGGGUUAUCGAGCGAGGUGCACCACCGCCCCCUCCGAGCGCGUGCUCGGGACUGGAAUGGCUGCCCCUGUGCGGACGACAUCGGCCCCGCAGCUCCGCUGCCUACCCUGGCUGGCGCUCCUCUGCCUGGCUCCGCUGCAGGCCCAGAGUCCCUAUGAGCAAGAGCUGGAGUAUGUGCCCGAAUUCAGCCUGACCCGUGGGGAAAGCAUGCUGGAGGAGACCCCUGAGCAGCUACUCAUCUACCGACAAGACGGCCAGGUCCUGCCUGGGAGCCAGCAGGAAGAGGAGAGGGACCCCACCUGGGACGCCUGGGGCCCGUGGAGUGAGUGCUCGCGCACGUGCGGCGGUGGGGCCUCUUACUCCAUCCGACGGUGCCUGGCGGGCAGAAGCUGCGUGGGACAGACCAUCCGAUACAAGUCGUGCAGCACUGAGGACUGCCCGGCUGAUGCGGGAGAUUUCCGAGCGCAGCAGUGCUCGGCUCACAACGACGUGAAGUUCCGCGGGCAGUACCGCGAGUGGCAGCCCGUGUACGAGGGCGCCGAGAAGCCCUGCGCGCUCUACUGCGUGGCGAGGGGCACCUCCCUCGUGGAGGAGCUCUCGCCGAAGGUGCUGGACGGCACGCGCUGCGCCCCGGGGUCCCUCGACAUGUGCAUCAGCGGCAUCUGCCAGUCAGUGGGCUGCGACCGCCAGCUUGGGAGCGGAGCCAAGGAAGACAACUGCGGCAUGUGCAAGGGAGACGGCUCGACGUGCCGGCUCGUGCGUGGCCAGUACAAGCCGCAGACCUCCGUUGACAAGCCGGAAGACACGGUGAUCGCCAUCCCGUUCGGGAGCCGACAAAUCAAGAUCACGGUGAAGGGACCGGAUCAGCUCUUGGUGGAGACCAAGACCCUUCAGGGCCGGCGGGGAGAGAUCAGCCUCACCUCCGCCGGGACGUUCAGCCUGGAGAACAGCUCGCUCGAGUUCCAGAGGCACCCGGGCAAGAGGGUGCUGCACAUCACAGGCCCCAUUCAAGCGGAUUUCACCAUUAAGGCGAGGCACGUGUCCUCAGCUGAGACGGUGGUGCUCUUUCUCUUCUACCAGCCCAUCCCGCACCAGUGGAGGGAGACCGACUUCUUCCCUUGUUCCAGCUCCUGCGGUGGAGGCUACCAGCUGACGUCGGCCGAGUGUGUGGAUAUGCGGAACGCCCGCAUCGCCUCCGACCACUUCUGCAACUAUUACCCUGAGAACAAGAAGCCGAAGCCCAGGCUGCGGGAAUGCAGCAUGGAGCCCUGUCCAUCCAGCGAUGGAUUCAAACAGAUUAUGUCUUACGACCACUACCAGCCCCUCCCACGGUGGGAGGGAAGCCCGUGGACGGCGUGCUCCAGCUCGUGCGGCGGCGGCGUGCAGUCGCGCUCCGUGUCGUGCGUGGAAGAGGACCAGCAGGGCCACCUGGAGCCCGUAGAGGAGUGGAAGUGCAUGUACGUGCUGCGGCCGGCAGUCACACAGCCCUGCAACCUCUACGACUGCCCCAAGUGGAUGGCGCAGGAGUGGUCUUCGUGCACGGUGACGUGUGGCCGCGGGCUCAAGUACCGCGUGGUGCUCUGCAUCGACCACCGCGGGCAGCACACGGGUGGCUGCAACACCAAGAUCAAGCCGCACGUCAAGGAGGAAUGCCUGGUGACCACGCCGUGCUACAAGCCCCGCGAGAAACUUCCUGUGGAGGCUAAAGUUCCCUGGUUCAAACAAGCGCAGGAGCUCAUAGAGGGCCCGGCGGUAUCAGAAGAGGCAGCCUUCGCGCCGGACGCGUGGUCCCCGUGCAGCCGCUCGUGCGGGCCGGGUGUGCGCACGCGCGCCGUACGCUGCCGCGUGCUGCUGCCGUUCUCGCGCUCCGUGGUGGAGCUGCCCGACGGCGAGUGCGAGGGCGAGCGGCCCGCGAGCGAACGCCCCUGCGCUCUGGGGCCCUGCGUCGAGGCGGCCGACGGCCUCCUGACGGACGAGGAGGCGCAGGCGUUGGAGGAGCGGGGCCAGGGCGGGGACGAGGCCCUGGCCUUCGACUGGGAGUACGGCGGCUUCUCGCACUGCUCCGUCUCCUGCGCCGGAGGGAACCGAGAGGCGAUCGUGAUCUGCGUGAACAAGGAGACGGGCGAGGCAGAGGACGAGUCGCUGUGUGACGCGGACGCACGCCCGCCCCAGAUUCAGCGGCCCUGCCACACGCUGCCCUGCCCUUCCCGGUGGGAGACGAGCGAGUGGGGCGCGUGCUCGGCGAGCUGCGGCGCCGGGCUGCGCGCGCGGAGCGUGGGCUGCGCUCGCACCGUGGCCCGCGAGGCCGACGGCUCGGAGGAGCGCCAGCGAGCCACCGACUGCACCGGGCCGCGACCGCCGGACGUGGAGCCGUGUGCGCGCAGCGACUGCCCGCCGGCUUGGCACGCUCGCGACUGGCAGCCCGUGAGUGACGCGGCGACGCGUCGCGCCCGCUUGUCUGCGCGACCGGGGGUUCUAUGUUGUUUGGAGUUAGCUCCCCUGGAACAUUAUAAGUUGCGGUUUUCGUUCGUUGUCAGUAUCGUAAUGGCAAUGCAUUUGCACAUACUUCUAGCCCCUUCCCAACUCUACGUCCCGCUUGUAUCGUUCUUUAAGGGACGCGUUGGGACUGUGAUUGCUUAACGUCAGAAAAGUGAAAGUGUCUCGGUGUUCACAUGAUGUGGUCAUCUCCAUUGGUUGCCUAGAGCCACAGGUAAAAGUUCCACCAUUCCUGUGGAUGAUGCCAGUGUCUCCAGAGGACUACAAAGUAGUACAUAUUUAACUUCUAUAAUGGACUGAGUCUAAAUCCUGACCAGCAUGCGGCCACAUCGCCACCCAGCUAGAUAUACCAAGUAACCAGGGCCCCUUGUUUCCUUAAUUUAGCCCUGCUGCGUAUAUGUUACACUCCACAAAUGUAAGGGGCUUGGUAUAAACACAACAAGGUGGCUUUGUUGUGUUUUUUUCUACGCACUCUUUUUUCUUCUUCUCUAAGUUUUCCCCAAAGGUGUUCUGUAACCUGCGGCUAUGAAAGAAUGUGUUGUACUUCGUUGCUCUUAGGAAAUUGGCUUGAAAUCUUGUUUUUGUGAAACUGGCCCCGGUGUUUGUUUUUAUUUGUUUCACGGUGCUUUAUUACUGUUUUUUUUUUUGCACGUGAAUUUCGUUCACAAUUUCAAAAUGCUCGCGUUUUUUUGAGUGGCAUUAAUAUCCCUUUGGUAAAGUCACGUAGAUAGAAAAACAAUUGAUCACGACGUUUCGAUCGCAACACAAGCAAUCGUCAU